AUGAAAUUUUCAUUUAUUUUUUUCUUCGUUUUCUCGGAAAAUAUUGACGGAUUUCCGGUUCUUUUGCUGAAUAAAGCUUACAAAGAAUGCGCAAAAGCGGUUUUAUUGAAAAAAGAAGCCGAAAACCAAGAACUCGACUUCAGUGAAAUCUUCGGCGAAUGCAAUUCUAUGAUGAAAAAUAUAUUUUCUCCAAAGAAAACCGAAAAUUCAAAACCAAUAGAGUCGAAGAACUCAACCGGCGCUUUGGAAAACACGAUUUUAGGAACGCUCGGACAACGAGUCAUUGCCAGUUUAGGAGAACCGAACUGGAUGAAACUUGAAAACUGA